UUAUCGCUCUUCAAUCGCCUCCAUCUCAAGAGAUACGGAUGGCUGGGAAGUCUAACAAGGCAAAGAAUAGGGGAAAACCAUCAAAUUUAAAUCCUAGUUCUUUGGAGUCGGACCCAAAGCCUUAUGACUCUACAUUAUCUUCGAAUAAUGGUGGCGUUGUCUCGGAAACCGCUAAUAGUAUUGGUAAUGAAGUCAUGGAAUCAAGCAAUCAUGUAGCUAAUGGGACAGUGGAGAACAAGGUAAAGGAUGGAAAUGAAGAUGCUGGAGAUACCUCGGCAGCAACAGCCAAGAAGGCUGAAGGUGAGCUUCGGCUUUAUCCCAUAUCCGUCAAGACUCAGUCUGGAGAAAGGCUAGAAUUACAGCUGAGUCCAGGAGAUUCUGUGAUGGAUAUUAGACAAUUUCUUCUUGAUGCUCCAGAGACCUGUUUCUAUACUUGCUAUGAUCUAAUACUGCAUACUAAGGAUGGCUCAGUUCACCAUCUGGAGGAUUAUAAUGAAAUUUCUGAAGUGGCAGAUAUUACUAUUGGUGGCUGCUUCCUAGAGAUGGUUGCCGCUUUAUAUGAUGAAAGAUCUAUAAGGUCACAUGUUCGGCGUACACGAGAACUGCUAUCCCUUUCCAAUCUCCAUGUUUCAUUAUCAACAUCACUAGCCAUGCAACAAGAAAGCGCCCAACAAAAAAAUCAAGAUACGAAAGUGGAGACUCCAGAGCCUGAAGGCUUGGGUUUUAUGGAAGAUUUGACCUUUUCUCCCAGCAAUUUGGUUGUGUCAUCACCUAAAGACAUCAAAUGUAUGGAGAGCAUUACAUUUUCUUCUUUCAACCCUCCCCCAAGUCAUAGGAGGCUUGCUGGAGAUUUGAUUUAUCUGGAUGCAGCAACCUUGGAAGGAAAUAAAUAUUGCAUCACUGGAACCACAAAAGGUUUUCAUGUGAACUCUAGCACAGGAGUUGUUCUGAACCCCAAACCUCUUAAACCUGCUUUUGAGGCGACCACCCUUAUUGGUCUGCUCCAGAAGAUCAGUGCAAAGUUCAAAAAAGGUUUUCGUGAAAUCCUGGAAUGGAAAGCUUCCACUCACCCUUUUGAAAAUGUUCAGGCUUUGUUACCACCUAACUUGUGGUUGGGUAUCUAUCCCGUCCCAGAUCAUAAGCGUGAUGCAGCUAGAGCGGAGGAUGCAUUCUCUCUUUCUUACGGAAGUGAACUAAUUGGCAUGCAGAGAGACUGGAAUGAGGAAUUACAAUCCUGUCGUGAGUUUCCUCAUACAACUCUUCAGGAAAGGAUCUUGCGUGAUCGUGCUCUAUAUAAAGUGACUUGUGAUUUUGUCGAUGCGGCAACUAAUGGUGCAAUUGGGGUCAUCAGCAGAUGUAUCCCCCCUAUUAAUCCAACGGAUCCAGAGUGUUUCCAUAUGUAUGUACACAACAACAUAUUCUUUAGCUUCGCUGUUGAUGCAGACCUUGGACUGAUAUCUAAAGGUCAAACUAGUACUAUUUCUAAAGCUGCAGUGCAUUAUAAAAAUUCAGCGCCUUUAUCUACGUCCUCUGUGAAAGCUUCCAGUACUUCAGGUCGUGGGUGUAAUGGUGAAACCAAUGCGUAUGACAGUGCAAGAACAGAAAUCGAGGGUCUUGUUGAUGAUAACUUAUCCGCUGCCAGUGAUGCACAAAUUGCUGACAGUGAGCAGGCUACAUAUGCUUCUGCUAAUAAUGAUUUAAAAGGAACCAGAGCUUACCAAGAAGCUGAUGUUCCUGGGCUUUAUAAUCUUGCCAUGGCAAUAGUUGAUUACAGGGGGCAUAGAGUAGUGGCACAGAGCAUCAUACCUGGCAUCCUUCAAGGUGAUAAAUCAGAUUCCCUUCUAUAUGGUUCUGUUGACAACGGAAAGAAAAUAUGUUGGAGUGAAUCCUUCCAUUCCAAGGUACUAGAGGCUGCUAAAAAUCUCCAUUUGAAGGAGCACACUGUUGUAGAUGGUUCAGGCAAUGUUGUCAAAUUAGCUGCUCCAGUGGAAUGCAAGGGUAUUGUUGGCAGUGAUGACAGGCAUUAUCUUUUGGACCUGAUGAGGGUAACCCCUCGCGAUUCGAACUGCACUGGACCUGGAUCUCGAUUUUGUGUUUUGAGGCCCGAGCUUGUCACUUCGUUUUGCCAGGAUGAAGCUACAAAGGCAUCCUCUCAAGCUGUGACUGAAGAAGUUCAAGUAGCACCGGAUUCACAAAAUACUAUUGCUGAUCUCACAGAGACAUCAACCAAUGUGCAUAAAGAGGCUAGUGAAGAAUAUGCUUCUGCUAUGGAUGACACUUGCAAACCCUCUGCAGAAAUACUUUUGAAUCCCAAUGUACUUAUGGAGUUUAAACUGGGAGGCAGUGAAGAGGAGAUUGCUGCAGAUGAAGUGUAUGUGAGAAAGGCUGGUUCAUAUCUUACAGAUAUUGUUAUUCCAAAAUUUGUCCAUGAUCUGUGUAAUCUUGAGAUUUCACCAAUGGAUGGCCAAACAUUGACUGAUAACCUUCACUUUUAUGGGAUAAAUGUCCGCUACCUUGGAAAGGUAGCUAACAUGACCAAACAUCUGCCUCAUUUAUGGGAUUUAUGUACCACUGAGAUCAUUGUUAGGUCAGCCAAACAUAUCCUUAAGGACACACUCAGGGAUUCCCAAGAUCAUGAUCUUGGACCAGCAAUCUCACAUUUCUUCAAUUGUUUUAUUGGGAAUGUGUUACCUGCUAGUGAGAAAAGUAUCGCUGACAAUUUGCAACAAAAACCCCAAAAGAAGGACCAUUCAAACUUUCCAUCUUCACGUAAGUCAAAUAAAGGGAAAAUUAAGUGGAGUAAUGGAUGUAGGACAAAUCAAUCUGAAUACAUGUGUUUGACUUCUGAAGAAAUCUGGUCACACAUUGAGGAAUUUGCCAAAGUCAAAUACCAGUUUGUUUUGCCUGAUGAUGCAAAGUCACAAGUAAACAAGAUCUCCGUUGUCAGAAAUCUAUGCCAAAAGGUAGGCAUAACAAUUGCAUCACGGAAAUAUGAUCUUGCUUCCGCAUUACCGUUUCAAACUUCAGAUAUCCUAAACCUGCAGCCUGUUGUAAAACAUUCAGCUCCAUCUUGUUCUGAAGCAAGGGAUCUCAUGGAAGCAGGAAAAAGUCGGCUGGCUGAGGGAAUGUUGAAUGAAGCCUACACCCUCUUCUCUGAAGCAUUUGCCAUUCUUCAACAAGUAACAGGUCCAAUGCAUCGAGAGGUCGCUACUUGUUGCCGGUAUCUAGCUAUGGUCUUAUAUCAUGCAGGCGACCUGACUGGAGCCAUUGUACAGCAACAUAAAGAGCUUAUCAUAAAUGAGCGUUGCCUUGGACUUGAUCACCCUGAUACAGCCCACAGUUACACGAACAUGGCUCUGUUCUACCAUGGCCUUACUCAAACAGAACUGGCUCUUCGUCAUAUGUCCCGAACAUUGUUGUUGUUGAGCCUGUCAUCUGGUCCUGACCAUCCUGAUGUUGCAGCAACUUUCAUAAACAUUGCAAUGAUGUACCAGGAUUUUGGGAAAAUGGAUACCGCACUGAGAUAUUUGCAAGAAGCCUUGAAGAAGAAUGAGCGUCUUCUUGGUCCUGAGCAUAUUCAAACUGCCGUUUGUUACCAUGCUCUUGCGAUUGCAUUCAACUGUAUGGGAGCAUACAAGCUCUCUCUUCAGCAUGAGAAAAAAACUUAUGAUAUACUUUCUAGACAACUUGGGGAGGAAGACUCACGGACGCGGGAAUCAGCGAAUUGGAUAAAUACUUUCAAAGUGCGCGAGAUGCAGGUUAAUGCACAGAAGCAGAAAGGACAGUCAUUGAGUUCUGCCCAAAAAGCUGUUGAUAUUUUGAAGGCUCAUCCUAACCUAGUACAAGCACUACAAGCCACAAACGCGGGGUCUGCAAAUGCCACUUCUUCAUCAUUGAACAAAUCUCUUAAUGCUGCCCUAAUUGGAGAGAGUAUUUCUCGAGGACGAGAUGAAAGGGCUGCUAAGGCUGCUGCAGAAGUUCGGAAGAAAGCAGCUGCUAGAGGCCUCCUUGUCCGUCAAAAUGUUGCUCCCGUCCAAUGUUUGCCACUUACGCAACUCCUUAACAUUAUCAAUAAUACCUCUACUGCUACUGAAGCUUCUCAAUCAACUGAAACUAAAGACUCUAGUGAGAGCCUUGCAUCGAAUGGUGCUGUUAUAGAUGACAAGGGCACAAAUGGAUCUGCUGAAGAACGAGCUCCUGUUGGCUUGGGAUCUGGGUUGGCUUCUCUUGAAUCCAAGAAGCAGAAAAAAGGGCCAAAGAAUGUUUAGUGAAGACUUCGCAGGAUAUGAGGGAACCUUUUAACAUAUGAAUCACGUUUAGUCAUCAAACUUUUGACUCGAUGGCUCGAAGUGGUUGGAAUUUUGGUGCCGCUAUAGCAGAGAGCUUGUAGCAGAGAGCUCGUUUAAAACCAUCUUGAUCUUCAGUCCAUAAAUUGAUUAAUAAAUGGCUGCUCACAAACUACUUUUCUCUGGAUUUUUAUUGCAUUUCUUGUGCUUCUGUUUUAGUAUGUAUACCUAAUUUAAAAUCAUGGCAGAGACUGUUCAAUAUGUAAGGGUUAGGGAGAGCUCACCUGAGCAGUUCUUAUGUAGCUGAAAAUUAGUUACAAACAAAUUCUCUCCAUUCAACCUGGAAUAAAAGCUGAAAGAUUUGUGUUUG